AUGCGUGCCGGCGCCAUCGACUACCUGAUCAAGCCGCUCGCGCUCGACAAGCUGCGCGGCACGGUUCGGCAGGCGGUGGCGAUGCGCCGGCGGCCUGCUGCCGCCGCCAUGGAGGGUCUGAUCGGCUCCAGCCCACAGAUGCAGCGUGUCCGCGACGAGAUCACGAUCUACGCGCCGGCCCACGCAUCGGUCGUGGUCUCCGGCGAGAGCGGCGUCGGCAAGGAAGUGGUAGCCCGCAACCUGCAUGAGAGCUCGCCGAUACGGCAGCCCGUGGGUCAGCUGAUCAACUGCGGCGCCAUCGCGCCGACCAUCAUCGAGUCAGAGCUUUUCGGCACCGAGCGGGGCGCCUUCACGGAUGCCACGCGCCGCCCCGGCUGCUUCGAGCGCGCCGAUCGGGGCACGCUGUUUCUCGAUGAGAUCUCCGAGAUGGGAAACGAUCUGCAGGCGACGGCCAAGCUCGAAGAGCACCACUGGCCCGGCAACGUGCGCGAGCUGCGCAACGUCAUCGAGCGCGCCAGCCUGUUGGCCGCCGCACAGCCGGCCGACCGGCGCACCGUGGACGCGAGCGCGAUCAGAGUCGGGUUCUAG